GUUAGCGACAAACAAUUUUACAGUAGUGGGCUGUGCACAAAAUGGCUAUUCAUUGAAGUUGUUCAUAAGUGUGUUGCAAGCAUUUGUUGUGUGACUGUUCAAAUCGCGAUUUUGUUUCCAAGUACAUAAAAGUACUUUAUCCACAGAACUACAGUUCGUUACCAGUAUUUUUAGACCAAUUUGAGGGGCGUUCUGAUUGAUAGAAAAGUGCGUAAGAACGCUGCACCUUCAAUCAUGGAAUCCCGUUCACAUAGGGCAACUCAGAGUGAGAAGUAUCCGUGCUUAAAAAGUUCUUGCAUUGCCAAUCCUAAAACCACACAACCACGUGUUGCCGACGAAUCAACGGAAAUACAAGAAGAUGAUUCAUCGAGUAUUGCCGAAAUAGCUUUACCAUCAGACUCAGAGAAUCAAGAUAGAAGCGUAGAUAAUUGCUCCCAGCAGAUAGAAGACUGUCCAUCUGAACCGCCUAACGAGAGUGGAUUUGUCAUCCUAAACACAUACACGGUUGUUGAGGAACCAGAAGAAAAAAUGGUACCAAAAGAACCCAUUCCCUCUUGUUCAAGAGGAAUAUACCGACCAUAUAAACCUUACUUAGGCCAUAAAAUCCGUGAACCGAUAUCAAAUUAUGUAUUGCAGGCGGUGUGUGACUUAUUCAAUAAAAAUUGUAAGAUUGAUGGUUACGUACCCUAUCCAUAUGACCCUACCCUGUCACAAUACGGCAAUGAGAUAAAAGAGGAAAACUGUGAAAUUGGUGAAAAUAAUGAUGAACAAAUAAGUAGUUCUACUAGUCAAUAUAGUUUUCCAUCGGCCGAUGAAAACAAUGCAUCUGAUUCUACUGUACACCUGUCUGAUGUGGAAAUAAACGGGGAAUUCAAUGAAAUCGAUGAAACAGGCGUAUCUUCUGAAGAUACUGAUUUAUUAGAUAAGUGCCUAAGAAAAAGAAUUAUUUCAUCAUCACAACGUCCAUGUAAGAAAGCUCGGACUGAUUCAACGGUGACACAAUGCAAGAACAAUCCUUUAACUAAAUUCCAGGAUAAUUUGUUGAAAGAACUACUCCGGAAAGGUGACCCAAAGAAUGAAUUAAUCAAUUUUGAAAACCACAAUGUUCAAUCAGUUGAAUGUGUUUCUAAUGAUGAAAUAAAACCCACAGAAAGUAAUGUGGAAGUCUCUGAUGAGGUCACCAGUCACCAGUGCAUUUCGAUCGACAUUAACGAACUUCAAAUGUUCUUUCCAAAGGAUUUUCCACUUCUCAAAUUUCUGGAAAAUACCGAGGGGAAUUGGCUUAUUCCCAGUGAUCACCCAUUAUUAGAAUACUUAGAAUGUAAGAUUGGUGAUAAGAGCACGGAAAAUAAGGAAGAAGAAAAUAUACAAGAAGACCAAGAACAUUUAUGAAUCGUUAUAACAAAUAGUAUAUUUUUUUUUAAUAAUUGUAUAUAUUUAGACUUAGUGAUUUCAAUAGUAUGGAAAAAAUUUUUCAUUUCAAUAGAUUUAUUUGUAUAUUUUUUCUUAUUGUAUAUAAAUAACACCAAAUAAAUUUGGAAAUAAUCUAAUCAUGAUACUGAGCUCGUUGAUGAGGUCCAAACCAUAGAAUAUAACGUGAAAGACUCUGCUGUGAUCUAUCGUGGCAUUAAUAUCAGCACUACCAACAUUCACAUAUUCUUUACCAAGGAUCAUCGAGUUCUCCAAUGCCCACAAUAUACUAAGGUGGGUUGAUUUAUUCCCUGUGUCCACCCGUUCAUACGAUGUUUAGAAGAUCAUAUUGCAGAGGUGAGGAUGGCAAAAGGAAAAAAAGAAAAUAUACAAAGAAGUCAACUACAUUUACAAGACUGAACCAUUCAAAUAAAUGGAUUAGAAAAUAAACCUAAAUUCUGCUUGGCAUGGCAUUUUUACACAUGUAUUUUUCAUUUCAAUAAAAAUUAUUUAAUUAUCUAUUCUUUUUCAA